AUGGUGGACCUCGGUGGGUUUCUGGGUCACAGACCUCUGGUGAUGGAGACGUCGGUGAACACAGCGCUGGCGCCACCAAAGACAAACAUGGACCCGUCCUCCCCAAACACCGACAGCAAAGAAGCCUCCAACUUCCACAGCCCGAUGGAGGAGUUCGGCAAACGCCUUGAGAAGAUCAUCAUCACCCAUGGCUCUGCAGCCGGCCUCCUGAACAAACAGGUGGGUCAGGCAGAGCUGGAAAAGAUGAAGGCAGAUGACAUCACCGUUACCAUGGAGAAAGAGGUUUCUGACAUCAUGCAGAGUCUCAAUAAACUCUCCUCUCCAGAGAAGAAACUGGAAGACCUGGUCAGAAAGUAUGCUGAAAUGGCAGCCCUGCGGCGCUGUGACGAGAAGAAGCUGUGUGUCCUGCUGGACGAGCGGCAGCAGCUGCAGGCCGAGUGUCGCAACGGUGUUGUAGCUCGCAGCGAACUGGAGACUCUGUGCAAAGACCUGAAAGACUACUACAGCAUGCUGAGGGACGAGACCCUUAAGAGCUGCAGGGAGGAUGAGAAGAAGAGGAAUGACAUCACCUCCCACUUUCAGAAGACACUGGUCGAGAUCCAGGCUCAGAUCGAGCAACACAGCAAUCGAAACACCAAACUCUGCCAUGAAAACAGCAUCCUGACCGAAAAACUGGAGAGUCUCAUGAGCCAGUGCGAGUUGAGGGAGAAGAGUUUGGAAAAGAUCAACAAACAUCGUGAUCUGCAGCAACAGCUGACUGAAGCCAAACUUCAGCAGGCCAACGCUGUGCUGGCUGAAGCCCAGGAGAAACACAUCAGGGAGAAGGAAUACUUGCUUAAAGAGACUAUUGACAAAACACAGAAAUACACCGCAAUGAAGGAGGAGGAGCUGGCCAUGAAAAAGAAGUUGACACUCUACUCUCAGAGGUUUGACGAGUUUCAGAAGACGUUGGGCAAGAGCAACGAAAUCUAUGUCCGUUUCAAGGCAGAGAUGGACAAUAUGUCAGAGAAGAUGAAGAAAUUGGAAAAAGAGUCAAAUGUGUGGAAGACAAGGUUUGAGAACUGCAACAAGGCUCUGACUGAUAUGAUUGAAGAGAGAGGCGAGAAAAACCAAGAGUACGAGCUGUUUGUCCUGAAGAUUCAGAAACUGGAGAAGUUGUGUCGUGCACUGCAGGAGGAGAGGAAAGGCCUCUAUGACAAGAUCAAGGAGGUCCGCCAAUCCAACGCCAACCUCCCAUUAAAGAUCUUCCCCACCUCAAACCUUGAUCAAGUCCCUGAGAUUGUGGCUGUUGACAACAAUGUCUUGACCCCUGUGGAGCUCCAGGAGCUUCAGCAGCUUCAGGAGGAGAUCCCAGUCCUGACGGAGGAUAUGUCCAGGCUGAAAGAUGAGCAGGCCAAGCUGCAAGAAUUUGCUGCCUCCCUGCUGGCAACACCUCUUGACAAAGAUGAAGAGGAGAAGGAGGAUUUAGAUUUUGAAAAAGAUGUUGUGGCUUCUGCAUUUCUCCAUUUUCAAAACAAAUCUCAUAUCAAAGAGGCGGUAGACAUCAUAUCAAAUUCAGCGGGAUCAGUUCUCCCACAGCCAGGUAAAGCUGAGGAGGCUCCAAAGCCAGAUGCUCCAACAGCUGAGGAGAAGACCUCUGAAACAACACCAACAGACCCAAAACCAGAGGCAGUAAAAGAUCAAUCACAAGUUGAGGAGAUCCAGCAGCACCACUCUGAAGCAACACCAGAGCCUGAGAAAGUUCAGAUCGAUCUACCAACAGUCCCAAAACCAGAGGCAGUAAAAGAUCAAUCACAGGUUGAGGAGAUCCAGCAGCAGCACUCUGAAGCGACACCAGAUUCUAAGAAAGUGCAAUUCAAUCUACCAACAGAUCAGAAACCAGAAACAGUAGAGAACACGGUGGAGACUGGUGAGGUCAAACCAGUGGUCCCAGAGGAAGACAAGACAGCCCAGCAGCAGCCAGCCGAACCUAUGCCGGUAACAGAAGCACCAACCAAGUCAGAGCCAGAUCCAGUGCCUGAAAACAAGCCUCAGACCGCUGCCGCUGCCUCUGCCUCUAACGCCAACUCCUCCAAGAAGCAGGCGCCAAAGAAGAAGAAGAAGAAGAAUGGCAAGAAUGCAAGCUAA